AUGCCCAACUACGAAAAAGGGCAAAAGGUCAACUACAGACCCGUCGGUGGCGCAAACUCCAAAACAAACAAGAGCGUCGGAAUCAUCCGCGAUUUCAGCACCGGAAACACAAACCUGACCGACCGGAGUGUUUCUGCUUCGGAUGACAUGCCUCGUUAUGAGAUCGAAAAUAUGAAUACUCAUAAGCGGUCUGCUAUUAAGGAGUGUAACAUUGAUGGGCCGGCGGAGUAG